UGAGCCUGGGAGUUCUGGUGGUGGGGUGAGCUUCCAGCUCGCAGCAGACGCAGAAGUGGCUGGACACAGAGCUGGCCAGGCUUGUGGAUGGGGAUUUAGCCAUUGGAAAGAUGGCUUCUUCCACCAGUCCCAUGGACCCUAUCGACAGCCUGGAACUCUUGGAUCUCCUGUUUGACCGGCAGGACGGCAUCUUGAGACACGUAGAGCUGGGCGAGGACUGGGGCCGCGUCGAGGACCAGGUCCUGCCAGGCCCGGACUCUGAUGAUUUCAUCAACUCUAUCCUGGGUUCUGGAGAUUCAGUGCCCAGCUCCCCGACCUGGUCUCCUGCGGCCAGUGACAGUGGCAUCUCAGAAGAUCUGCCCUCCGACCCCCAGGACACCCCUCCACGCAGUGGGGUGGCUGCCACCCUGGCCAGCUGCCAUAGCAUGGAGUCUGGCAAGGGGCCCUGCUCCUCCUACCAUCCUGGCCCUGCCUGCCCCACCAGGCAUCUUGGGCCAGUGACCCAGGGGCUCGAGGCCUCCGUGGCCAUAGACCUCGAAAUGUGGAGCCCAGGCCUCUACACCAAGGAGCAGGCCGAGCUGGCCGACUCACCCCCACGGUGCAAUCUCACGGUGAAAGACCUCCUCCUCUCUGGCAGCAGCGGGGACCUGCAACAACAUCACCUGGCAGCCCCCCACCUGUUGCGACCUGGGACCGGGCACUGCCAGGAGCUGGUGCUGACGGAGGAUGAGAAGAAGCUGCUGGCCAAAGAAGGCAUCACCCUGCCCACCCAGCUGCCCCUCACCAAGUAUGAGGAGCGAGUGCUGAAAAAAAUCCGCCGGAAAAUCCGGAACAAACAGUCAGCCCAAGAAAGCCGGAAAAAGAAGAAGGAAUAUAUUGAUGGCCUGGAAACUCGGAUGUCAGCCUGCACUGCCCAGAACCAGGAACUUCAGAGGAAGGUCUUGCAUCUUGAGAAGCAGAACCUGUCCCUCUUGGAGCAGCUGAAGAAACUCCAGGCCAUCGUGGUCCAGUCUACCAGCAAGUCGGCUCAGACGGGCACCUGCAUAGCGGUCCUGCUCUUCUCCUUCGCCCUCAUCGUCCUCCCCUCCAUCAGCCCUUUCGCCUCCAACAAAGCCGAGAGCCCCGGAGACUUCGCGCCUGUGCGAGUUUUCUCCAGAACGUUGCACAACGAUGCUGCAUCCCGUGUGGCUCCCGACGCCGCGCCAGGUUCCGAGACCCCAGGACACGGGCCCAAGGCGGGCAUACUUCAGGAAGGGGCUCCAGGUGGCCCUCAGGGGGACCGGGGAUCCCGGGACACGCUGGCUCUGGACAACUCGACGGAGGAGCUGGACAACUCGACCCUGGUCCAGGGAAACUCUGUGAAGGAGCUGGACCGGGCCACCCUGCUGGACUGUGCCCCGCCUGAGCAAGCACUCAGUCCAGGGCGUGUGGGGCUGGAGGCUGCAGUGGGGGAGCUGUGAGCACCACGGGCACGUGCCCACAGGCCCCUCUACUCAGGGGUGCUUCAGCGGGUGCUGCAGUGGACAAGUACGGGGAUCCAAGAUGAGGGAGAGACCCUGGAGAAGAUGUCAGGAUGGAAACACAGCUACAGACUCACAGUUACAGAUCCAAGGACCCAGGCACAUGCAGAAACUGAUGCUCAGACCACAGGGCCACAAAGCCUGAGAAAUACACACACCCAGGUGCAGAAGGAAACAGGACGACACACACAAGAGUGAUCCACAGACCCAGAUAGAUAGACAUACCCCCCAGGCCUCAAUAACUCCCCACCCGGGACUCCUCCCUGCUCCCUUGCACACAGGGAGGAGGAAGCGGCCAAGUCUGCAGAGACCCUGGCCCCGGAGCACGGGCUGAGCUCUGAACUUAGGGGCCGCCAUGGCCCACAGCCCUUUUUCUAAGACUGCUGCGAUCCCUAAUAAAGUAUUUU